GGGCUUCGGUUGCACCAACAGUCGCGGUUGCCGAAUGUUUCACCAGCCAGAUGCGAGCACUUGCAUGGAUAUGCUGCCUAUAUGCCGCCAGUGCCAGCGGAGAUUGCAAUUUCGAGACUGACCUGUGUGGUUGGUCCUCGGCCCAAUGGGUCCGGCACAGAGGCAGUAGCCACGGGGCCAGUGAAGCAUUCGAAGGGUCAUGGUAUGCCUUGCUGGAUAGCUCCUACCACAAGUCGAUGACCUCCUACUUGGCCAGUCCUUUCUUCACUGAAGUCGCCCACCGCGUCACCUUCUACUACUACAUGCACGGCGUUGACGUUGAUACCUUGACCUUUGAGAGCUAUUUGCCGGAGUCGGGUUGGCAGACGCUUUGGUCUCUGGAAGGCUCACAGGAGGACAGCUGGACCUAUGCGGCGGUGCCCCUACCUGACGGCUCCCAGAGGGUCCGCUUUGGAGCGACCACCAAGGAUGGCUGGGACGGUGACUUCGCCAUUGACGGCGUGACGAUUGUAGUGAAGACUUCCACCACGACUCAAACUCGAUCCGCCACCAUGACGACCUCGAGGACAACAUCUUCGACCACGCAGUCAUCUACCCAGACCACCUUGACCGUGACGGAGACACAGACCUCGACCACGACCAUGCUUCAGGAGCAGGCCUGGAGCCCCGCCACGGUGUCCGCCGGCGCGUCGCCACCUGCGCGCGCCCACCACGUGGCGGCCUGGGACCCCAAGACCAGGGCGCUGCUGGUGCUGUCGGGCAAUCUCUGGCCCUCCCCCGCGGUCUUCGACGACUUCUGGAGCUUCGAUUGGGAGGCGAAGGAUUGGACGAAUCUGGGAAAAGCUCCUCUCCUUGCGGGUGCAUCUGGAGUGUGGGACACGAGGACCGACUCCUUGCUGCUCUUCGGCGUGGGCAACGAAAGCGAGGUGUGGCGCUAUUCAACGGAGGCAAAGGGCUGGUCCCUGGCGAACUCCAGCGGACCGCAGCUGGAGAGCCACUCCGCGGUCUGGGACGAGACCCGGGCCUCGAUGCUGGUGUUUGCGGGGCAAGAUGGGGAGCUGAACGGCACCGUCACCAACAAGCUCUGGCAGUUCGAGAAGGACGUGGCCCACUUGGAGAUUGAGAUUGGCCCAAGUGCCUUUGGCGUGAAAUGCGUGGACACGGAGUACGAAGAGCUCCUUUGCGGCUUAGACGCCGGCAAUCCGUCAAAGCGCGUGACUCACCGGCUCUACGCGAACGCUGACGAUGAGUUCAAGGUGUCCACCGUGAACACGCAGGUCUGCGCGGAACGCUUGGAUCGCUUCGCCGGCUGGGCGCUGGAUCUUGCAGUCUCAUGCACCGCCACCAAGUUGGAGGUGCUGAGACAGCUGACCAUCGAGAUCGGCGCCAGCAGCUACCGCACCCAAUGCGUGGAUGGCCGAAAUCUCUCGCUGGCCUGUAGCCCUGAUGCGGGCGACAAAGGCAAGCGCGACCCAGACAGGUACCUGGCGGAUGCAAACGACACCUUCGAGAUCAAAGUCAUCGGUUCCUGGGUUUGCGCGAAUCGGCUGGAUGAGUCGGCUGGAUGGGAGCAGGACUUGGCCAUCACCUGCAGCGAAACCAGGGAGGUGCCAGAAGCAGUGGAGGUCAGGAUUGGCUCCAGUGAAGCGUUCUCCAAGUGUGUGGUAACGGAUUACUAUGCCAUCACCUGCGAGGAAGAUGGAGGCAACAAGGGUCGGCGGGGAACCCAAAGAGCAGAUGUGGACGCGGCUGAUCUCUUCGAAAUCGUGGUGAAUGGCUCUACAGUGUGCGCCAGCCAUCUGGACAAUUCAAGUUGGACUGUCGAUCUUGCCAUCAAAUGCGCAACACACCUCGAGGUUUGGCACCAGGUGUCCCUUGGAGCCAACGCCACUUCACCCCCCGCGCGGAGUGGGCACGCGGCGGUGUGGGAUCCUUUGCACAAGGCGAUGCUGGUCUUUGGUGGCACCGACGGCCGCUGGCUGCUCUCAGACUUUUGGCGCUUCAACACGGAGGGCGAAUCCUGGGAGCAGCUGCCCUACGGGCCAUCAGCCCGGCAGGGCCACACCGCCAUCUGGGACCCAGCCACCGAGAUCAUGUACAUCUUCGGGGGCGUGGACGCCACUGGGCACCGGGGUGACCUCUGGCUCUACCGACAGCAGGAGAUGAUGUGGAUGCAAAUGCCCGUUGCUGGCCCUGCACCGCGAUCGGAGCAUUCGGCGGUUUGGGAUCCCGAGGGCCGCGGCAUGCUGGUCUUUGGUGGCUGGAACUCCUACGCCUACUUCCGAGAUGUCUGGCACUACCAGGCGAAGGAGCUGUCGACGACCACCACCAUAACGGUAUCAACCAGCUCCACAACUCACACGCACACGAGCACCUCCUCCACCCAGUCGACCAAGACCACCUCGUCCACGAGCACGACAACCACUUCAGAACGCGUUCCCGUGGUCGCGGUCCCUCCGUGCCGAUUCGUCGGGAAUCUGUUUUCCAGUGAAGCGUUGAUUGGAAUUCGCCACAACGCCUGGCGAGACGCCACCUCCGUGCUUUUCUUCAUUGCGAUUGGGCUGAUUGCCAUAGGCAUCAUUUGCGCUACUGCUCGCGACUUCCUGUCUUGGAAGCGGUAUGCUGGGACAUCGAAACUUCAGGGGGGAGACGAAGACAGCUUUGACUCUGGAAUGCUUUGCAAACCCAACAGCACAAUGCUGGUGGUGGCCAGCCUCACGAAGAAGGCACAGUCAGUUGAGACCGGCAUCGUGCCAGAAGACAUGCGAGCUGUCAUCCAGCUGUCCGCAGAAGGACUUGCGAAGGUGACGAUGGUGGAUGACACGGCUUCUCGCAUGGCUAGCGAGGUGGCCAAAGGCCGAGACCUCAUGGAGCAGGCCAACGACGUGGCGGAGCGUUUCGUGCAGAGUGGAGGCGCCGCGUUCUGGCGGCGCUGGGCCUGGCUUUUCUCGGCACUGAACCCGCUGAUGAAUGUGCGCCGCUUCUCCUUCCGAAUCUCCCACGAAGCGAGAGCCGUGCUGCUGGCGUGCCGGCUGCUUGCAGCCGCAGCCAUCAUCGUGGCUUUCUAUCAGGCCUCCUCGUUACUGAGAGACCUUCCGGAGCACUGCGCCGAAGACAUUGAAUCCCGGACAGUGUUUCAAAUGAUCCUCUUUUCCCUGCUGGCGGCCUUGUUGUGCACGUUGAUCGCCGUGCUCCUGCUGAUGAUUCGCAGGUACCCCGAACGGGGAACCUCUGCAAAAGUCCGCAGGAGGAGAGCUGUGAUGUCUUUGAGUUUGCGAUUUUUCUGGAUGAUGUUUGGGAUUCUGAUUGGAAUUUGCUUCUAUGUUUGCCUGGCCUUUUUUGCCAACGCCAGCAAGAAGGAUUCCGCCGAUUGGGUCAUCACAUGGUUCCUAGCAGCAGCAAUGGUCCUGCUGAUCGGACCGGCCGUCGGCGCACUCCUUCUGGACUUCUUGGUGAUGUUUGCCCUGCGCCGCGAUCCGGACUUGGCCAAAGCCGUCAAGGACCGGCGAUGGUUUCAUUCGGAGGAUGUGGAGGAUGUGGACGACCUGGACGAUGUCCCCGUGGAGCCGCUAGAGUCGGAGCUUCCAACGAGCCAAGCUCCUGCGGACACCUCGCCCCAGCUGCUGCCAGAUGCGAUGCCUUGGAUCAACAUGACCUCCGAGGACGUAUCCCCCGUGUCUCCAGCAUCGCCGGGAUCCAUCGCCUACCUCCGAGAGAGUGACAUCAAGGGAGUGACGUCUGAAGGGAGGCGCAGUCGAGGUGAUCGCGACGCGGACGAGAUCUAUUUGGAAUUGGACCAGGCUGAGGCCGCUGUCUGCACCACCUGCCAAUUCGGUAGCCAACCUGAGGUUAUGAAGGCGAAGCCCACUUCCAGACAAGACUGGACCAGGGCAAGCAUUCACAGGCGCGACAAUAGUAAGCUCCCGCGCGCCCAAGUGAUCGGCAGCGGUAGAUAAUCGCCGUGUGGCUGCUGCUGCGGCUUAACAAUUUUGCCGCAGCGCACACAUGUCGUCUAGAGAUUCUUUUUUCGGGCUGCCCAGAGCACCAAAGAGGUCUGAAGGCUCAAAUGAGACUUUGGCAAGUGUGAUGCAGCGAGACACCGCGCACUGUCGACG